AUGACAGGCAGACGUACAAUGAUCUGGGCUAAGAUAUCUAAAGUGGUUUCAAACAGUUUACUGAAGAAUAAUAUCUGCUUGAAAGAUUCUCUUCGUAUAACAACUUUAUCAACAUUAUUACUAUUACAUUUGUCAAUAUUUAUUACAAAUAGCAUUUCCUUACUGCAGACCACGUUGUCCAAUCCAGUCGAUCAUGAAUACUAUGUACAAGAAGAAGUAACUAUUGGCACUUUAAUAGGCAAUUUAAUGAAUGAUGUGGUCAUAAAGUAUGUGGAAUUAGGAUUAGUUAAAAUAUCUUAUAGACAUGAUCGACCUGUUGAAGAUUCAAAUGAACAAUACACCUUCAAGAUAGUGAAUUUUGCUGAUCCAUUUGUUAAUUUAUUUGAUGUUAAAUUAGAUGGACGGUUAAUGGUAAACCGCAGAUUGGAUCGCGAUCAAAUAUGUCCUAAACAACAACAACUAGGUUCAUCUAUUGUUGCAGUAGAGUCAACACAAACAGCUUCGAGUGCGUAUACAAGUUCAUUUCAGCAAACCACUACGCAAACAGAAAGUAUAUCUUGUUUUAUAAUUCUACAAGUUGGCUUGUUUAUUCAUCGAAGAAUUACUUCAGUCAAUAAAGCAGAUGCAGAAUCAAGCGACAAAAUGCAUAACAGAUUAUUUCAUAUAGGUAUUAAUGUUCAGGAUAUUAAUGAUAAUGCACCAUACUGGCAAGGCCAUUUACAAAGAUUGCGUAUUACAUUCCUAGAUGGUGAUCCAGCUGGUUCACGCCGAACUAUACCACCAGCAUUAGAUAUAGAUGCAGGUAUAAAUGGUCAGGUAACAUAUGAGCUAAGUCCAGCCAAUCCAUUCGAUAAGUCUAAUAUACCAUUCAGUUUACUUGAAGAUUCAACUGAUGGUCUUCAUUUAUACGCAACUAAACCUAUAGAUCGGGAAGAACAGUCAGAAUACAAAUUAGUAUUACAGGCAAUUGAUGGGUCAUACGCUUCAUCAUCGCCACCAAAUGAAUCUAUUUUAAGACGAUUUACUUCAACUCUGUAUUUAGAUGUUUUUAUCGAAGAUGUAAAUGAUAAUACACCACAGUUUACUCAACCCAUAUUUGCAACUACAAUGCCAAUACCUGAAACAACGCCAGUUGGAACAACAGUCCUCUUACUAAAUGCCACUGAUUUAGACUCUGGUGUAAACGGAAUCUAUCAUUUUGGUUUUAGUAAAGAUCAUUACUGGCAGCCGAAUGAGAAAAUAGCUAGACAUUAUUUUGACAUACGUCCAAAUGGUCAGAUUAUAGUUAGACAAGCACUCAAUGUAGAUAAACUUGAUCGAUUCACUAGUCACACUAAUAAUAAUAUUAAUAGUAAUAACAAUAAUAUUCCGUUAUCAAAUCCAAGAACCUAUCAUCACCCAAGUGAUGACAUCAGUAUGCAAACGAACAAAGGUGUUGCCUUACAAUUUCGUUUCCGCGCAAUUGUUGAAGACGAAGCAUCAAGACCGUACACACGUUCAAGCGAAGCCACUGUUAUCAUACUCGUCACAGAUGAGAAUGAUGAGUCACCCAUCAUUACAGUACGCCACAAUCCAGGAUCGAUCAAUUCUAAUGCUUUGGAUAGCGCUGCAAUGCCAAAUCCUUUUGGCUAUUUCAAUGUAUUUGAAAAUCAACCAGUUGGUACUGUUGUUGCAAGUGUACGGGCAUAUGACCCUGAUUUUGGUGGUCAAGAUCAAGUUGAAUGCAGUCUGAAAGAUGCAAAUUUUUCGCUUAUACGACUAAUGACAAAAAAUCAACCUGACUAUGACCAAAGUAAUGGGAUGAAUUCUGUGACGGAAUAUCAAUUAGUUACAGCUAGAAUAUUAGAUCGUGAGAUUACUACCCAUCAAAUGGUUACUGUUUUGUGUUCUGAUAUGGUUGGACAUUAUACAGAAAGAAAUAUUACUGUUCAUGUAGUGGAUGAAAAUGAUAACCCACCAAAAUUUUCACAUGAUGUGUUCUACUUACAAGUUGAUGAAAAUGCUCCUAUUGGUACUCAAGUGAGACGACAACCUCAAAGGAAUAACAGAGGUCAUUUUAAUAUAAUUCAUCAAAGUGGAUCAUCACAAUUGCUACCCGCAACUGAUUUCGACAUUGGUAUUAAUUCUGAAAUGGUAUUUUUUCUUCUUGAAGAUGGAAUUAAUUCAACUAGAUUCAAAAUUGACUCACACACAGGUGCCAUCACCACAAUGGAUAUCUUUGAUCGAGAAGCGAAGGAUAAAUACAUGCUGAGUGCAAUAGUGGUUGACCGUGGUACUCCUCAGCUCACUGGAUCAGCUUCAGUCCAGAUAAUCGUCAAUGACCUCAAUGACAAUGGACCAGUUUUCUCACAGAAUGAUUAUACUUUUCAUAUUCAAGAGAAUCAGCCACGUAGUUCAACUGUUGGACAUGUUUCUGCAACAGAUUUAGAUUCAUCCGUGUACGGUCCAUUGGAAUAUAGUUUUACUGAUGAUCAAGAAUCAGACAACUUUACAAUUGAUAAAAUUACCGGUAUCAUUAGAAUUCGUCAGUCAUUAGAUCGUGAAGAAAAAUCUCAAUAUGUAUUUCGUGUGUUAGUUAAAGAUACAAGCACAAGAUCGACGGAAAAAGGUAACGGUAUCGGUAUUGGUAGUAAUAAUGGUAUCAAUUCAACUCUGUCGUCAAUAAAUACCCAGUAUACUGGUACAUCGACAAUUACAGUGAUUGUAGAUGAUGUCAAUGAUAACUGGCCAGUGUUUAUUAGUCCAAAUUCAACAGCUAGCACCCUAGCUAUUGCUAUCGAUCAAACAAUUACGGGUUAUAAACUGGCCUAUAUACAAGCCUAUGAUAAAGAUGAUGGCGAUAAUGGUUUAAUUAGUUAUAAUAUUUUGGCUGGAAAUAAUUAUGGUUUAUUUGGCCUUGAUUCAACCAGUGGAUUGUUGUAUCUUUCAAAUCCUGUUACUCAAAAGAAUAGCAACAAUGCCAAUGAAUCAUAUAAUUCACUAUCAGACUCAUCAUUAGAUGAAAGAUUGGACGUUUUAAAUCUCCUGCAGAAAUCUAGUAUGCAUAUACUAACCUUAGAAGCAUGUGAUCAUGGGAAAGAUCCGAAACCAAGAUGCACAUUAUAUAACAAUCUGAAAAUUAUUAUACAGAAUAACAAAGGAAAUGAUAUACACAGUCUAGAAAAUAAACAAUCACAGUCUAGCUUACUUAAUCAUAUCAUAAGUUUUCCAAACAUUUUGGCGGCAUCAUCGUCGAUGGCAUCACCAACAUCUGCAGCACAAACUCAUCAUGACAAAAUUCAAAGUGAUUUAACUUCUUUACAAGGAAUUAAAGAUAACAGUUUUUAUCGCAAACCAACAGCUUUGCCCUAUGGAAAUUUGCUAAGUAAUACACAAAACUAUAAGGUCCUUAACUAUUCAACCAAUGAUAUCAUGAUCAUUAGUCUUUCGCUUAUAUUUGCAUUGGUUCUUGUAGCAACGUUAGUGCUUGUCUGCCUGGUACGUCGAAGAGUGACAUGGUUUAAAAAUCAAGAUAAAAAAGCAGUGAAAAAUGAUUCAGUCAGUCAGUGGGGAAAUCAAACAGUCUGUCAAAAUUCAUUGCUUACUAAUCAAAAUCUAUCAUCAUUUGAAUCUAAUAAGCUAAUAAGUAGUCUAAGUGAAAAUCCAUUAAAUAUUCGUGAUAAUACAGAGUUCUCAAAGUCGACCAUAAGCAGCAACAAUAAUAACAAUGGCAAUAAUUAUGACGCCAAUUUUAUUGGAAUACAAAACUCACUACAUAAAUCUAUCCUCUUAUCUGAUGAGUCCGGAUCUCCCAGAAGUACUUAUCAGUAUUUAACAUCAUUCUCACCAACACAAGUGACUCAGACACAGAUAACAAUGCCAAUUACAACACCAAUCGACUACAAGCAAUAUGGGUGUAACACACAUGAGGUCAACAAUAAAUUCCAUCAAUCGAAAACAUCAAAGGCGCAAAAUAAUCAUGACGUUUUUAAUGGACCGACAGUUUUUCAAAAUUGA